AUGACACGAACAGAGCCAAUCGCUAUCAUCGGCACAGGCUGCCGAUUCCCUGGGUCGGCCACCUCGCCCUCUCGACUCUGGGAACUACUGGAAAAUCCGCGCGAUGUCGCCUCCAAGCCUCCUACUGACCGAUUCAACGCGGACGCCUACUACCAAGCUGGCAAGGCCCGGCCUGGCAUGCUGGUUGCUCCCGAGGCCUACUUUCUCCAAGAGGAUAUCCGAACGUUUGAUGCUCCCUUCUUCAAGGUCUCCCCUGCGGAGGCCGCAUCAAUGGACCCUCAGCAGCGACUGCUCAUGGAAGUAGUAUACGAAUCUCUCGAAAGGGCCGGGCUGCCACUGCAACAUCUGCAGGGCUCAUCCACGGGAGUUUAUUGUGGCUCCAUGAGCAAUGAUUAUCAAGCCCUUCUUAAUGCAGAUCUAAAUCUGCUGCGCCCUUUCUCAGUCACAGGUACAACACCCUCGAUUCUUGCCAAUCGGAUCUCAUACUUUUUCGAUUGGCAUGGGCCCUCAUUUGUUCUUGACACGGCAUGCUCCUCCAGCUUAGUAGCACUGCACCUGGCGGCAGAGGCUUUACACAAUGGUGACUGUACACUCGCAGUUGUCGUGGGCAGCAACCUGAUUCUUUCCCCAGAUCCAUUUAUUGGGGAGUCCCAGAUGCAAAUGCUGUCACCUACAGGGCGCUGUCGUAUGUGGGAUGCCCAUGCGGAUGGCUAUGCUCGAGGCGAAGGGGUGGCCGCGCUCGUGCUGAAGCGCCUGCAGGAUGCAGUUGCUGACGGUGACCCAAUUGAAUGUGUCAUCCGCUCUACUGGUGUGAACUCUGACGGACGUACUGAGGCACUAACCCUGCCGAAUGGUGAAGCGCAGCGGGAUCUCAUUCGCUCAACAUAUGCGCGCGCUGGUCUCAACCCCCUUCGCCGGGAAGACCGCUGCCAAUUUUUCGAAGCCCAUGGGACAGGAACACUCGCGGGUGAUCCACAAGAAGCAUUUGGGAUUACCUCUGCUUUCUUUGACGAUGGCUCCCCGCCUGACGACGUUAUAUAUGUGGGCUCCAUUAAAAGCGUUGCAGGCCAUGCGGAAGGCACAGCAGGAAUUGCAGGGGUUCUCAAAGCAUCACUCGCAAUCCAACAUGGUGUUAUACCGCCUAACCUACUCUUCAACGAACUCAGCCCCCUAGUGGCUCCAUACACCACUCAUCUUCAAGUCCCAACCCAAGCACUUCCCUGGCCAGAUCUUCCAUCCGGGUCUCCACGACGGGUUUCGGUCAACUCAUUCGGGUUCGGGGGUGCCAACGCGCACGUUAUUCUGGAGAGCUUUAGCGGGGCUUCAUCAUCAUCAUUAUCAUCAGGUUGCGAGCUUGUAACACCGGAAAUACUCCCAUUCGUGUUUUCAGCUGCAUCUGAAGCCUCGCUCACCGCGGUCCUACGAGAUUACGUCAGGUAUUUGGAGGAGCAUCCUAGAGUGAACUUACUGGAGCUAGCCGCUUCUCUCCUCAAGAAGCGAUCGACCUUGAGUCAUCGCCUAUUUCUUACUGCAGGCACCAAUGAGAGGCUUCGGGAGGUCCUAAACAGUGAGGUGCAGCGGCGCUCUGCUGAUACUUCCUCAACCAUUACACGACGACUCACUCCUGGGCCAAAGAAGAUAUUAGGUGUUUUUACGGGUCAAGGCGCACAAUGGCCACAAAUGGGCCUAGAUGUUAUCUCUCAAUGCUCGCAAGCUCAAGUUUGGAUGAAGGAGCUACAGCAGGCCCUGGAUACUCUUCCGGUAGAGUACAAACCUACUUUUAGUCUUCUAGAUGAACUGUCUGCUCCUGAUACAACCUCUCGGCUCAACUCAGCGGCAGUUUCGCUACCAGUGCGUACAGCGCUGCAAAUUAUCCAGGUCAACAUUCUGUGGUCACUUGGGAUAGAAUUCGCGGCAGUUGUCGGGCACUCAUCCGGUGAGAUCGGUGCAGCAUAUGCGGCACGUCGGCUGACCCUAAGAGACGCUAUUCGAAUCGCCUAUUUACGAGGAGUGGCAGCACAACAUGCUGGCUCUCAGGGAAAGUCUGGUGCUAUGCUAGCAGUUAGUGCACCUUGGGAUCAGGCAGAGGCCAUGUGUAGUGACGCGGCCCAAUCAGGCACUAUUACCGUGGCUGCCUUCAAUUCUCCUACCAGUGUCACUUUCUCAGGCGACAGUGACCUGAUCACUGAGUUGGAAUGGGUCAUAGAGAGCCUCGGCUAUUCAGCACGGCGUUUGCGUGUGGAUACAGCCUAUCACUCUAGCCAUAUGAUCCCUUGUGCUGAUCCAUAUGUCCAAUCCAUGAAGCAAUGCCAGAUCCAGGCACGCCAAGGCUUCUCUGGCACCAAGUGGUUUUCCAGUGUUUUCGAGGACCAAGUCAUGGAUAACCUUGACAUCCAAUACUGGAGUGAUAAUAUGCUUCGCCCUGUGCUCUUCUCUCAGGCAUUGUCAGCUGCUAUAAGAGAUCUCCCCGAGAUGGAUGCCAUUGUAGAGGUGGGACCCCAUGCUGCUCUUCAGGGACCCACCAAGCAAACGCUGUCGUCCAUAAAGCCUGACGAAGCCGAUGUUCCUUACUUUGGAAUGGCUAAUCGCAAGUUUGGUGGUAUCGAAGCCUUGGCACUCGCGGUGGGCUCGUUCUGGGCGAACCUAGGAACCGAAACUCUGGAUGUAUCAUCGUACACCCGGCUCUUUUCGCCGUCUAUGAAGUUGAACUAUCUUGUCGAUCUUCCCACAUAUCCAUGGGACCAUAGCCAAAGGUACUGGGCCGUUCCACGUCUAUCGAGCACGCGCAUCAAUCGUCGACAUCCCAUCCACCCCCUCCUUGGCGCCCUUACCCCUGAAACUGGCGACGCAGAGUGGCGCUGGCGUAACUUCUUGCGGGUGCAGGACUUAGAAUGGAUGGACGGGCACCAAGUGCAAUCCCAAGUUGUGUUUCCCGCUACAGGGUAUCUUGUCAUGGCUCUAGAGGCGGCCCGCAUUGUUGCAGACGAGCGGCUGCUCCAAGUUGUUGAGAUACGUGAGCUUGUCAUUGAUCGCGCGAUCACCGUACCUGAUAACUCCUCUGGCGUUGAGACGCUGUUUACCUUCUAUCGAACGGAUAACAAUGGCCACAAAGUAACCGGUGUGUUCACCUGCCAAUCGAGCCUCAAUGAUGAUGUCUUCCAUUGUUGUGCAUCCGGUCGCCUAGAGAUGACGUUUGGCGAGCCAGAUGCAACACUCUUGCCGUCAUUGGGUCCGACACCCCCAGGAUUGCGCCCUGUGGAUUCAGAUGAGUUCUACCAGCAAUUAGAUGGCCUGGGGUAUGGCUACUCGGGUAUAUUUCGCACCCUUCAAAACAUUUGGCGUCGAAAGGACCUUGCGAAUGCCAAGAUACCAGUCUUCGAUGCUGGGUCAGCGCUUCUAAUUCAUCCUGCCACGUUGGACACUGGCCUCCAGGCCAUAAUGGCGGCGAUGGGGGAUCCUAACGACGGCCAAUUAUCCAGGCUAUAUCUCCCCACUAGAAUCGCGAGCACAAUAUUUAACCCUUCUUUCUACCGAGUCAGCAGCGGGCAAACUCUCCGUGGCCCGUACGAAGUAGCGGCCACGGUGUCCUGGACCGAUAGCUCAGGAAUACGCGGUGAUAUCGAUCUGUUCGAUAAUGAGGGUCAUGGACUAGUCCAAAUAGAGGGUGUUGAAAUCGCUCCCCUCGCCCAGCCCAGUUUGGACGAAAUCACGACAUUUGCAGAACGGAAGUGGGGUCCUUUGCUGCCCAACGCGACGCUUUCCAGGCCCCCUAGUCUCCCAGGCUGCUACGACGAGAUGAAUCGCCUAGCUCUGCUUUACCUGAGGGACACGCAACAUCAGCUAACAGCUGAGGAUCGGCAACGGCUGGAUUGGCUCCGAGGCCGUUAUGUAGCCUGGAUGGAUAUGAUGUUAUCCAGGGUGCAGGCUGGUACCCAUCCCCACUAUCCUGCCGAAUGGCUCAAGGGUGAUUACACUCCUUCCAUCUCAGCAAGUCAGAGACAAGCCAUCAAAUACCACCUGGCGGUCUUAGAAGUUACAGGUCCAAAACUCAUAGGGUGGCUGCGUGGCCAAGCCAACAUAAUGGAAGAGCUACGCCGCGAUGAUCUUCUGACUCGAUUCUAUCAGGAUUACGCGGUUCGGAUGAUGACUUGCAGUCUUGCGGAUGUCGUAAGUCAAUUGGCCUUCCGAUACCCUCGCAUGAAAAUUCUUGAGGUUGGGGCUGGAACAGGCUCAGCGACACGAGAAGUGCUCGCCCGAAUUGGACGGGACUAUCAUUCAUACACCUUCACCGACAUCUCAGCGGCCUUUUUCGAAGAAGCCCAAGGCGCUUUUGAGACACAUAAUGAUCGGUUCAUAUACCAGGUGUUAGAUCUAGAGCGGGAUCCGACAGAACAGGGCUUUGCCGAGCAUGCGUAUGAUUUGGUCAUUGCGAGCAACGUACUGCACGCUACCCGUUCCUUAACUAAUACCAUGACCCAUGUUCGUCGGUUACUAAAACCCGGUGGACGAGUCGCUGUGCUUGAGAUAACCAACACCGAAGAUGUUGCCGUGUCGGCCGUUUUUGGCGCGUUUGAGGGAUGGUGGUUAGGAGAACAUGACGGUCGCCCCUGGGGGCCCAUGGUCUCCAGUGACACCUGGGAUCAAGUGCUGCAAAAUGCAGGCUUCGGUGGGCUCGAAACUGUAUCACCUCCAGAUGUAAUGGCUCAGACAGCGCUUGCGAUCUUUAGCGCUCAGGCCGUUGACGGCCACAUUUCGAAGUUGCAGUAUCCAUUGUCGGUGCCCGCCACGGGACAGUACUCGGAUCUCAUCUUAGUCGGAGGUUCCUGUGCCCAUACAGAACGUUUAGUCACACAGGUCCGGGAUCUUGUGGCCCCUUUUUUUGCUCGAAUCAGCCAUGCGGUUACUCUUGAAGCCUUCAUCCCUCCGCCCGAUGCAUCAAAGGCGGUCGUUUUGGUUUUGUCCGACAUGGAUAGUCCCUGCCUCCAAGGGGUUACCGCAGAACGUCUCCACGGUCUGCAGGCACUGUUCGGGACUGCAAGGAAGAUUCUCUGGACUGCGACUGGAAAUCCUGGCGAGCAGCCGUAUCAGGCCAUGACUAAAGGCCUUCUACGCACUUUAUCGAGCGAAAAUUCACACGCUCUACUCCAGCACCUCACCAUCAGUGACCUGGAUUCUAUUGACACUAGUAUCCUAGCCACUACACUCAUGCGACUUGUUCACACGGAUGUCUACAGCGAUUAUAGCCUUGCAGACUGCACGGAGAAUCCGGAAUGGGAACUCCGGCUAGAAAACGGGAUAAUGAUGAUCCCUCGGGUGCUGCCCAGCCGUACGAUGAAUCGACGACUCUUCAGUAAUCGUGGGUUUUCUAGUAUGGACCAUGUCGAGCCCCAUUCGGUUCCUGUCAACGUUAUUCCUGAGAAGGCGAGCCUUACCCUCGUCUCAUUGCCACAGCGAGCCCUGGCAGACCAGAAUUCAAAUCAGCAGAGCAAGGAUAUUCUUUUUAUUCAGGUUCAUUAUGCCACUCUUUCCGCUAUCCAUGUCCAGUCUGCUGGCUUUCUACACAUUGUCUUGGGGCGAGAGCAGAAGACUCGCAAGCGUGUUAUAGCGCUGUCUGUCAAUCAUGGCUCGGUCGUUUCUACACCAGCAUCCUGGUGCUUAACGGCUCCCAGCUGGCUCUCUGAGGAACAUGACGCAGCAUUCUUGCACGAAGUAGCUACGGCCAUGGUUGCCCGUCACCUGGUAAACACAACACCAGCCAAUACUGUUCUUCUUGUUGAUGAAGCUGCCACCUCUCUUCAACAAGCAGUGGCCGUCAUGGCUUCCACGAAAGGGAUCAAAGUACGCUUUAUUAAAAGCACUGAGGUCAGCCGAAGAAGCCCAACCACGAUUAUCAUACCACCACGUAGCUCAUCGCGAGCGAUAUCGCGCCUGUUGCCUGAUGGGGUCUCGGUUUUUACCAGUUUCAGACUCCAAACAGACAGCACCCUCGCUCGAAUCAAGUCUUUACUGCCUCCCGCAGUAGCGACCUACGGCUUACAUACGUUCUACGGCAACUCUUCGGUCUCAAACCUAGAGGGUAAAGGUGAUUCCUGUGCAGAUAUAUUGGCAACGUCCUGUCUGUUUGCAGAACAGCAAGGAGGCUCGCAAAAUACUGUUGCCACGAUUACUCCCGGUGACAUCCAGUCAUACUCACUCAGCAGUGAUCCCUCCAUCAUUGUCAACUGGCUGCAUUCGGGGCCAGUUUUGACAUAUCCCCUACCGGCUAGUUCUCUUGUAAACUUGAAUGCCUACAAGACAUAUCUGUUAGUCGGAAUGACCGGUGAUCUUGGACGAUCAGUUUGCCAAUGGAUGAUCACCCGCGGCGCUCGAUGCUUGGUUCUUACCAGUCGAUCCCCAAGCGUUGAUCCUCGAUGGCUCGAGGAGAUGUCGGCCCUUGGUGCUCGAGUCAUUGUCAUGACCAUGGACGUUACGGAUCGUACCUCGGUCCUGCGCGUACACAAUCACAUUCAAGCAGACCUUCCCCCAAUUGGUGGAAUUGUAAAUGCUGCGAUGGUCCUUCAAGAUGGCGCUUUUGCGAAAGCGACCCUAGAUGAUGUGACCACUGUUUUGAAACCCAAAGUCGAUGGGAGCAAAAUACUGGAUGAGCUCUAUCAAGAGGACGACUUAGAUUUCUUCAUCCUGAUGGGCUCUAUUGCCGGUAUCAUAGGUAAUUUUAACCAAUCGAUCUAUGCCGCCAGUUCGGUAUUUGUGGAGGAGCUUGUUCUUCAGCGACGACUCCGCGGUCAAGUUGGCAGCGUUGUCCAUCCAGGUGAAGUGCACGGCGUCGGGUAUGUAGCCCGCAUGGGAUCGCAGAUGAGAGAGAAUCUUGUCAGAAUUAUCGGGAAAUCGGUCAUAUCCGAGCGUGACCUAUUGGAGCAGUUCUCAGAAGCUAUCCUGGCCGGCCGUCCCGACUCUGGCCGUGAUCCGGUCAUCAUAGCUGGUAUUCCUAUGGCUGACCCCGAGGUAUAUCCCGACGUGAUAUGGUACAAGAACCCCGUUCUAUGGCCCUACGUCCACCACUUCCGGCAGUCGGAGACCCUGGGAAGCAAUCAGGAUCAUAUUCCCACUAAAACCCAGCUGCAGUCGGCAGCGAGCUUGACCGAAGCGGCCGAUAUCAUUGCCACAGGAUUUUCCGAGAAGGUUCGGCGCAAGCUACAAUUGCCUCUGGAUUCAGAUUUACCUGGUUCGACCCUACUGUCCGAUGUCGGUGUGGACUCGCUCAUUGCAGUCGAUCUACGAGUCUGGUUUACCAAAGAGCUGGGGGUAGAUGUGCCGGUACUAAAGCUGCUGGGAGGGCUGUCCAUCGAUACCAUAGCGCGCGAUGCAGCUGAACUGCUGGACCCAGCGCUCCUGCCGCAGGUGCGGGCAUAA